AAAUCCUACGAUGAAACGAAUUAUUCUGUCUGUUGGAUGCACUUGUUUGGAUAUUUGUAAAUUUAAUGUACUACAUGAUCACUAGAGCGCGCGUGACACGAUGAUCCUUUCUCGAUGAUGCUCAGCUGCUAUUUCGAUAAUUUAUAUAGUAAUAAUCGUGUAAUUAGGAGUAUGUCGCGUUGAUGUGGAGAAAAGAAACUAUAACCUAACCUGAAUCAAUUAUCGCCGGGGUGUCCACGGUCGGCUUUAUCAAUUCCGUGACAGUUAUAAGUCAACGCGACGUUAUAUUUUUGCAACUCAUACAAUCGUAUUCGCGCUCUGAAGAAUAAAAUAACACCGAGUUUUGAAACAUUUUUGCGUACUUCGACGAAAGUUUGCGCGGCUUGAAUUCUCAUUCUCAAGUGUAAAUUUUUAACCUCAAAGACUAUCUUCAUUGCUAACCGAGAAAAAAAGUGUUGGAAGGAUAUAUAUUGCUUUACGUUAUGACAGAGGAAGGAAAAGGAACUGUGAUAAUGCACAUGCCACAUCAUGUGCAGCAAAGAUUGUGUCAAACCCGACCGCCUUACAGACAAGGAAAAAGAUUGACAGCAGUCAAGGUUUACACAAUUAACGAUGAAUCACAGCAUUUGCUAAUAUGUGGAGUACCAAAAGUGCAAUUAGGUGAAGAAGUGGGAAAGCUUGUUUAUCCUUAUGGAGAUGUGAAAGCAAUCCAGUUAGUGACUGAAUACCCCACAGAGGAAUUUACAGAAACAUAUCAUGUGCAUUAUGCGCGUAUUCAGAGCGCAAGGGUAGCAAAAAGAUUGAUUGAUAAUAAAAACUUUUUUGGAGGAAUUCUACAUGUUUUUUAUGUUCCUGAAUUAGAAACUCUAGCAGAAACAAAAUCAAAACUUAUACAACGCCGUAAAGAUGUAGUGAUACGGAUAAAAAGAAAUCAGCAGGACUUAAUAAGCCCAGCAAAAUUUGUUCCAAAAGAACAAUAUCAUAGAAAAAAGAAAAAUCCUGCUUUGCCCCUCACUGAAGAACGACUCAAACAUUGUUACCCUGGAGAAACAUUGUCAUCUAUUUGUAAUGGAAUACCUCAGAACAUAGAUCCACGACCUGUGCUUGAACCUCGUUUACCGAUAAACUGGAAUUAUAAUAAUAGCAUCGCAUCUGGAUCAAAAUCAUUAUCAGCACCAUAUCAACCAACUGAAGCAGUGAUACAAACAGGGAUUCAGCAGCCAAACAGAAAUUCAAAAUUAAAUAUGCAAAAGAGGAAGAAUUAUAAAGGCCAACAUAUCGAUGGUGAUGCGAAAGUUAAAAUUUUUCGCCCGCGAUUGAUAGAUACCAGAAAUAUUGCGAAAUCAAGUUCCAUUGAGAAAACAAAUGUAUUUUGUAACGUAAAAAAAGUAGAGAGCGGAAUUACUGUGAAGUUAUUGGAAAAAUCUGAUACUGCAAAGAAGAAGAUUGUUAUAAAAGAUCCAAAUGUAACACAUUUAAUACAAUCCAGCAAAGAUCUUCAAUAUUCGAUUCAAGCGGCAAAAUCUCAAAUUCGUUCAGCGAUGCAGAAACACGAUACUUAAAUAUCUUACAAACUGAAUUAUUUAUAAAUAUAAAUUUGGAAUAUAGAGAUUUUUAUAUUUUA